AUGAAAGGGAAGGGGGCGUGGCCAGGUCGCCGUAGGCAAGGAGGAACGGGGGCGGGGCCCGAUCUCACAGGAUGCGCGCGCAGCUCGCUGCUUGACCGUUCCUGGUCUCCAUCACAGGAUACCGGUUACCUGGCAAACCGGAGAGGCUGCUCUCCCGCCCUCGCCCUGGACCCUCCAGCGCUGCAGACCCCCCCGAGACGGGGACCCCGGACCCCAGGGCUCAGGAGGACUCAACCAGGACUUUCCAAAAGUUGCCGCGGGUCCUUCCGAUCCCCUCGGCCAUCUCCCAAGUCUGGCCAGGCUUAUGGGGCCAGCGAGGAUUCUCUGCACCUUGACAUUCAGAAACUGAGGGAGAAGAGGGACAUGCUGGACGAGGAGAUCUCUCAAUUAAUAUCUGAAGGCUACAGUGUGGGUGAACUGGAGGACCACAUCUCCCAGCUCCACACGUAUAAUGACAUCAAGGAUGUAGGCCAGAUGCUGCUGGGCAAACUAGCCGUGAUCCGAGGUGUCACCACCAGAGAGUUGUAUCCAGAAUUUGGCCUGGACAUGAGUGACUGAGCAGAGGCCCACAGCCCUUGUCCCCGGCCCACUGUGACAGGCAGAGGGGCACAUGAGAAGCAGUGAGAGCCCAACCAGCACACCUGCAGGGUUUCCAGCAAGAAAGUGUCAGAAGCUUUUUCUGAAGAUCCCAAGCUGAGUCAAGAGGGAGCCUAGAGAAGAGUGGUGCAGGGAGGAAGGGAUGUUCCCAGCUCCAAGAUUCCUAAAAUGUCCCAGUGAUACCUGUGUUUGUCUAUAUGUAUCCUAUUUGUAAAUAAACAUAUGAGUGAUCUUGA